AACGAGACACUGAAACGUGCCGCCCGUCGAUCGAUCCUCAGCGGCUUUAUUGCUCAGCUGAGUCCUGCAAAUCCGGAUGCAUGCAGUGACAUGGCGCGCUCUGCGGUUGCUGCCCGGGAAUGCCGUACGGAGUAGCUGCCGUACCAUUGGAGGCCGCCGUUACCGCGCCCCAAUCCGUGCCUUUCAUCGAUCUGCAAUUGCGUAUGCCAGUCCUCAAGACCCCUCGGAUACGAAACCACCGGCAUGGAGACAGAACGGAGAGGAGAAACCCGCCGAAGAGGAAGCAGAUGAGGGAAGAAACAACCCCGAAGUGACGGAAAACGAUGGUCUACCUGAACCGACACCAGAACAGUUGCAACGCGGUCAAGACAAGAACUCAACCUAUGGCUCUGCAGCGCGGAGGUCAAUGCGAAACCGAAAAUCAUCUCAACCCCCACCUCAACUACCCCCAGUGGUUCUGCCCGAAUGGUUCUUCGAAAGAAGAGUGAAACUCUGGGACAACUUAGAAUCCGGAGCGGAAGGAUCGCCGAGCCUGGGCGUUUUCAAAGGGACAGAAGGAGACGCUCCGGCGUUCGAUCCUCUCAAGGAUGGAACACCCCGUGAACAGGAUCAAUUUCGCUACGUGUUGCCAGAGGAUAUCUGGAACGAAGUCAAAGCAACGGUUAGAGCUGGGCUCAAACUUCCGACCACGCGCUUCACCGACGAUUUCACUCCCGACAAGCGGAACCUCUUGCUACAAUGUCCUCACGAUGGUGGAAUAUACUUUCUUGAUGAGGUCGUUGCCUCCGUCGCAAAAGCGCUCAAAUGUGAUGUCGUGCAACUCGACUCGCAAGACUUGGCCGAGUUUGGCGGCGAUUACCUUACGGAAUCCUCCAUUCGUUCGCUCAGCUACGAUACUUAUCAAGGCGUGUCUACACAGAGUGGAAAGGAGGCAGAAGAGGAGGAAGACGAUGACGAUGACUUUGCGGGCGAGGACGAAGAUGAGGAAGGAAUUCCUUCACGGUCAAAUUCGUCACGGCUUGGCAAUCCGUCAAUCUCAAAAGUUAGCGCGAUACCCAUUGGAACAUUUGCUGGAAGCCUAGAGGACCUUUUCAAGGGCGCAAAGGUCACCAAGCUUGGCGAUGGAGCGGGCUCCAAUGGUGCUCUCGAAGACUCUGCGCUAGGCUUCGGUCGGGGCAGGGGAGGGCCUUUGGAGAACUGGGAAGAAUUGAAGUUUUCUGCAUUUCUAGAAGCAUUGGUAGACUCUCCCCGCCAAAAGAGAGCAAAAUCUGGUUGCGAAGUUCAAACAUCAGAGGAGAGAGGAACCAUUGUACUCAUCAAGGAUUUCAAAGAGAUUCAGGAAACUGCACGGGGCGCUAGAAUGAUCCACAAGAUCCAGCAGGGCGUCGUCAAAAGAAGAAACCUGGGGCAGAAGGUGAUUAUGCUUGGAACAGUGGCUGCGCAAGAGUUUAUGCCUUCAUUUACGAAGUGGGGCAUUAGAGCUGCGCAAACACAGGGAGAAAUGGGCGACAACCAUGGCCGAACCAUUGUGGUGCCGCCCUCAGGUUAUUCCGCCAAGGCAGACGUUUUCCAUCAAGACGAGGUGCAACGGACACGGGAGAUCAACACCAGACAUUUGCGAGAUAUGAUUCGCCGCCUCAGCUCCGAUGCAGAUCUUACCAAUGAAAUUUGCGACCAGAUUGAUGUUCGUAUUAACACAGCCGAAGGCGCGUCUAUUGGCAUUGAGGAUUCAGUUUGGUCUUUUGACAGAGUACACCGAGUAGCCGUCACCGUGCUUGGUCUGCUAGAAGAUGGCCAGGUGUUGGAGCCGGGCCUGAUAGACCGAGCACUGGAGCUGCUGAACCGAAGCGACAAUAGCAAAUUCAGAAUGGCGGCAGAAGAAAAGGAAGUCUCGAAGCAGGAGAAGCUGAUGGAGGAAUCUGUAACAGGAACACCCAACCAGCGCCCUUCAAAAGGUCUAGAAUUGGAAGAACGGAUGAAAAGGUUACGAAAGACUUGCAACUCGCAUGAGAAGAAGUUAUUAAAUGGAGUUGUAAAGCCUGAAAACAUCCAUACGGCCUUUUCUGACGUCCGAGCUCCAUCUGAAACGGUGGACGCUCUGCGGACCUUGACGUCACUGUCAUUGAUCCGCCCAGAGGCAUUCACGUACGGUGUCCUGGCCACCGACAAGAUUCCCGGUCUGCUUCUGUACGGCCCACCAGGCACUGGUAAAACCCUACUUGCCAAGGCUGUCGCAAAGGAGAGCGGCGCUACGGUUCUUGAAGUCAGCGGAUCCGAAGUGUACGACAUGUACGUCGGCGAGGGCGAGAAGAACGUCAAGGCCAUUUUCAGCUUGGCCCGAAAACUGAGCCCAUGCAUUGUCUUCAUUGACGAAGCGGAUGCCAUUUUUGGAUCACGUGGCGGGCACUCCAGCCGGACCAGUCACCGUGAACUGAUCAACCAGUUUUUGCGCGAAUGGGAUGGCAUGAACAACUUGUCUGCUUUCAUCAUGGUGGCCACAAAUCGACCAUUCGACCUUGACGAUGCCGUCCUGCGUCGUCUUCCGCGGCGCUUGCUCGUCGAUCUGCCCGUCGAAGCGGACCGUGAAGCCAUUCUCAAGAUUCAUCUCAAGGACGAGACUCUUGAUCCUAGCGUAUCGCUGGCUGCUCUCGCAUCCCAGACACCAUUCUACUCUGGGUCCGACCUCAAGAACCUUUCCGUUGCCGCGGCGCUUGCCUGCGUGCGUGAAGAAAACGACGCAGCGGCGAAACAUGAGGGGCCCGAACCUUACAAGUACCCGGAAAAGCGAACAUUGAGUCAGCGCCACUUUGACAGGGCGAUGGAGGAAAUCAGCGCCAGCAUCAACGAGGACAUGAGUUCCUUGACGGCCAUUAAGAAGUUUGACGAAAAGUAUGGCGAUCGCAGGUCCCAGCGAAAGAAGGCGCCGACAUGGGGAUUCGCGACUGCUCCUGAGGAGGUCCGAGACACAAAGCCUGUCCGGAGCUAAAUUGGUCUUCUUUCGAAAUGGAUUGGGAUAAAGGACAAGCGGCAAGGGAUUAUUUAUACUGUACAUUACGUGUAUCAAUAGCGCAUUAUGGAUCGGAGCAUUCGUGGCUAGAUAGAUUAUUCUUUCAAUUUACAGAUG